CAAAGCGUUUAUGGGUCCUCAUUAUUUUCUCAAAGUGUUUCCCCAUUUACCGUGCAUCUUUCGUUGCUUUAUUGUUUACUUCGCAGAUCGAAUUACGUUAGUUUGUUGAUCCCAUUCCAUGCAGGUUGGGUUUUCCAAUUUUCCAUAUUUCUACAUCGCCGCCAUGGAAAUUUUCUUUCGAGAGGAGUCUCUCGACUGGUUGCCAGUUGCAUAAUUACGACAGAUUUUCCAGUGCCAUUCGACUUGUCUUCGGGGGCAGGCGUUGCAUGUGGGAAGGCUGAGGAAGCCAGUUGAAGUGGUCCACGAAUGGGUUACUGGCGUAGCCCCGAUUCCCGCCGAGAAACCUCUUCGUUCUGCCAAUUAUUUAACGUAGGCUACCUUUACCGUUUGGCAUUUCGAAAAGUGUAGCCCUUGGCUACGCAAAUAUAGAAACCAAAAACCACUGUCAUCAGGUUGAAAGAACAAACAACCGAAUAACCUUUUGGGCCACAAAACGGCAAACGAUUUGGCCACCUAACAUAUUUGCAUAAAACGUAAACACACUGACUAUACUAUGCGGUUAUUUCUAGCUGAAGAUAAAUCAAAUCCGCUGCAUUUUCACCAACGCCGUAGAAACAGACCCCAAAAGCGGGGCCCCGAAGAAUGUUUAUUCGCCAUUAAGUUUCAACGCUCUUGCGCAUAAUUAAGACGAAAAAAAAAACCAUAUAAUAACGAAGCCGAACAAAGGAAAAUUUCUUUGGCCCGUGAUUAGAAAGAAUCUUUCUUAUGGGCUUGUGCGGCGCUGGAAUUGAUUUGGCCAACUCAGUUGCCGUUUACAAGCCGUCGCGUGCAGAUCGCAAAUCGCCAGCAAAAGAGAUACUUCCUCUACAAGAUACAAUAUCUAUAAGAAAGCUGAAGAUCGAAUUCGCAAGAGCGUUAAACCGAAAACUGGUAGCGGUAGUACCAAUCUUUGUUUGUGGGGAGUGAAUAGAAAUGGGGAAGUGAAGUGGUCGAUCGACAGAAAAGUGAAGAUGUGAAGAGCUGUAGAUGUGAAUAUUACAUUGACAUCGAAGGCCAGUCAAAGAAAAAAUAACAGAAACCAAAAAUCAAACAAUAGAUUGUUAUUGUGGCUGCUGAAAACGAGAAUGAAUCAAUAAACCUAUUAAAACUAACUGUAAACUUGAAAAGUAGCACAGCAUCUGCAAAAAAGAAGAUAGACGUUUUCAAUUUAAAUAUGGUUAGUCAUUGGAAAAAGUGUCUACUGUGGUCGCUGAUAGCCCUCAGUGGCUGCCAGCUAAUUGCCCCACAGCAGCUGCAGGGUCCUCCUCGUCCCAGGGGGCGUGUACGCAUUGCGGAUAUGCAAAAUCCCGCUUCAGUAGGCGGGGCACCUGCUCAGGCCUUGGGAAACUGGCCAAGUGUGCCGGCUGCAGGCCCCAUCAGUUCCACUGUGCACACCCACAUUCCACUGUGGCGCGAGGAGACCGCCCCCCUGCCGGCCACGCCCAGUCAGGAGGCGGUGGUGUACGGCAACUGGAAACCGGAGCAUCCGGAGAGGCCCGAGAGGGUGGACACGAAAAUCGAGUCGGAUCCGCAGCCCAAGGAGCGGGUCUUCGGACGCUUGGAAGCCAUGCUCAUGGGAUUGCCGGCAGAUGGUAAGAUUUUAGCUAUUGAUGCCAAGCCAUCAAGUUCCAGCGAAGAGCUGACCGCUCCUAUUGCCCCUGGUGGCUACCAGAAUCCUGCCUAUUCCCGGCCAGUCAGUCGUGACAGUUCGGCAGAGAAAUAUGGACGCCGGCGCAUCAGCACUCAGCAGGCGCCACAACAAUUCGAGGUGGCCAGGGUUAACGAUUCGGAACCCAUAUUGAAGGCAAUAUCCAAGCAGAUCAACGAGUCCGUGGAGACGACGACGGACAAUCGAAGGAAUUCCAAGAAUUCCGCCGACGACAACUGGUUGCCCCUGCCGUAUCCGUAUCCCUACGAUACCACAAUGCCAGCUCCACCUGCAACGAGCUCCAUGGUUCCAGGAUUUAUGCAAUCCUCGGUGGUGCAUCCACCUGUUCCUACUCAGCCCACUCGAUCCACUGCGGGACUAUUGAAUUGGCCCACCGAUUUCAUAGACAGCACAUCUCUUACGGUAAGCACCGAAAGGAUAGAUGGGAGCAUGCAGGGAAGCAUUGACCGGCGCGACGAGAGCGUCUCUGAUCCUGUGGACGAGUACAAGUACUACGAGGAUUCCCUGAACUCCGCCCAGAUGAACAGCGAACUGAGUGUUCCAGAGACCGUGCCGCUGAAUAUUACCCGGGUAGGCAUCCCGUACGAGGAUCGAAAUGCCUCUGAGGAGCCGACCAUAUGUGUUCCUCUCACCGUAUCGGAAACUUCGCUUUCCUCCGACAGCAUUUUGCCCCAGGUGGUGGAGGUCGAAAGGGUCUACUGCUUCCCCCUUCCCAAGGUGGAGAUACGUCCUGGUCAUGCUCGUCCGCAGGUGGAACAGGUGACGAGGGAGCAGGAGAUACUAGAGGCAGAUAUGGAUAUACAGCCAACGGAAGCGGCUAUUCCGAGUAAUUCCGGAGCCGGAUCCCCGCGAAGAUCACUUGGCACACUCGCGGUGCUCCUCGUUAUUGCUUGGAGCUUCCGGCCAGAAAUUAGUAUUUAGACUAAGUAUCACUUGACCUUAACACAACUCAGGGGCUAUACGCUAACUACACUUACUUAAAAAUUAAACCUAAGCCAACACAUGAAAUUCACUGCUUUUGUAUUUUG